CACCAAACGGGUUACGAUCUAUCUUACGGAGUUUAUUUGUCGUAAAAUUUCCACAAUGAAGGAGCGAGUAACCAAUCGAGUAGGUCGUCGACCUACUUAGAAUCUGAAAGAAAGAAAGAGUGUUCAGUUUCCACUUUCUGGAAUUAAGAAAGUACAGUCUCAGGAUUCCAUCCGAGGAGAAGAAGAAAGAGCAGCAUAAGAUGGGUUUGGCGUCUCUAUCUUCUUUCUCCAUAGUUUCUUCGUCUCCUGCUACUCAAUCAAAACUUCAUCUCCCGCAACAUACCUUGCCAAUCAAGCAUCUUCCUUCCUUGAAUCGUCACUUCCGGAGAUUGACAUUGAGAUGCAGAUGUAGUACGGCUCGCGGUUCCACUGGUCCUGGUGAGACUGAGAGUAAAACAAUUCUUGAUGCUUUCUUCUUGGGGAGAGCUAUAGGGGAAGUUCUUAGCGAGCGAUUAGAGUCUACAUUGGGGGAGGUUAUAAGUACAAUUGGGAGAUUGCAAGCUGAGCAACAAAAGCAAGUGCAGGAGUUCGAGGAGGAGGUUUUGGAUAGGGCUAAAAAGGCCAAGGAAAAGGCAGCACGUGAAACAUGGGAAGCACAAGGUCUUGUUCCAAAGCCAGCCACACCAAAUAGUGAUGUUAAUGCUGUGACUUUUGCUACUGAACCACCAAGUCCACCUAAUGCAACUUCAGCAUAUCCCAACUCAAAUGGGGAAUCUGAUUCUCCCGAUGAAGAUACCCCUUUUGGCUUAUCCAUUUAGGGCUAACAAUCGUUUCUCUUCUUUACUACGUCUUGCAAAGAUUAAACAUGACACUCGUUUAUUGUGGCCUCUUAUAUAUAUUGGAAAAAAGAGCAUUAUAAUUUGCUACCUAAUUUUUAUUUUUCAAAACUUUCAAACGUCUCUAUAGAUCCUUAUUUUUGGGUUAAAUUCAUUUCAUGAAAGUAUGAAACCAUUACGGAAGA